AUGACUGGAGAAACUGGUUUGGCGGCCAUUCGCCUUCCGACCGUCGCCGAGAUUGAGGCUGCGACGGGACUCAUAAGCACGCCAGACGCAUCCGACAAAGUGGUCCGGGUGAAUGAGCAUUUCGCAGUGAAAAUGGGUCACGGCGUAACACUCAUCGAGGCCGAAAAUAUGAGGUUUCUUGCAGCAAACAGCAAAGUUCCAGUCCCAAAAGUCUACGCCGCCUUUCGGGACCCCGACACCAAGAAGACUUAUAAUGUGAUGCAAUAUCUCCCUGGCGAUACCCUUCAAACCAUAUUGCCAUCCCUUGAGCUGGCUGAGAAAUCUAUAAUAUGUAAACUCAUUAAGAACGCGAUAACAGAAUUACGCAGUAUACCACCGCCAGAUUACUUCGGGAUGUUGAAUCGCCAGCCUUAUCUUGACGGGGUGUUCUGGACUAAGGGUCUAGAUCCUAAAAUAUCGGAUCAUAUGGUUAAUCGGACUCUGAACGGCCAUCGCAUUGUUUUCACUCACGGUGACCUUCAACCGAAAAAUAUUAUGGUUGAAAGGCUCGAAGAUUGCGGCGGAGGCCUGGAAUUCAAGAUCACUCUACUAGACUGGGAAAGCGCUGGGUGGUAUCCAGAAUUCUGGGAUUUCUGCAACGCUACAAUUGCAUGUAGGUUCAAACCGGACUGGCUUGAACUUGUGCCUGAUAUACUGGACCAAUACCCUGUGGAAUUUCUCAUGAUGCAGGUGGUAUAUGCCUCCGUGUUCUACUAG